CUCUUGAUAAAUGUGGUAUCAAGAAGUGGGAGUUAUUUACCGUAGAUAAUUGCUCUUGUCAUGAUGCACCGCUUGGCAUUCCUGACGGUUCAAGCUUGCAUUGCAAAAUAGAAGUCGAAGAACGGAAACCAGUUUGAUGUGAACAAAUGGAUGCAGCUGGUGUAGCACUUGUUUUGAUUGGACCCGGAAGCGUUGAUCAGGCUAAAGCUUUUAAUGAGCAGACCAAAUUUCCAGGAGAAGUUUAUGCCGAUCCUAAUCAUUUAUCUUAUGAUGCACUGAAAUUUGUUUCUGGGGUCACAACUACAUUUACUCCCAAGGCUGGUUUGAAGAUAAUUGAGUUAUACAUGGAGGGCUACAGGCAGGACUGGGGGCUUUCCUUUCAGAAAGACACGGUGUCUAAGGGUGGCUGGCAGCAGGGAGGAAUCAUUGUAGCUGGACCUGGUAAAACAAAUAUUUCAUAUAUUCACAAGGACAAAGAAGCAGGGGAUGAUCCACCGGUUGAAGAAAUCCUUGAAGCAUGUUGUUGAUGAAAUUUCCUUCAUCCUUUUUCUUUCACGACUGUAACACUGUUUGAGACAACCUACCAUUUGUCCGUCUAUGUUCAUUAAGAUUUGGGAUGGAGCAAGGAAGAUAUGAGUGAUGACCAAAAGAUAGAUAUAGAUGUAUAUGAGUAUAUAGAUUUCUUAAUACAAUCUCUUUAUGGUUACGUAUAAAUAAGUUUCAAUCUCUUAUCCUGUAUCUUUUCUUCUCCAUUUUUUACCUUAUCUGUGUUUGUGGUUGCUUUGUAAAGAUUGCUACAUUUGUAUGUAGUAUAAAAUUAAGAUUCAAAACGUGUAUGUUUUGAUCUUUUAUCAAAA